AUGUCAACCACUAGCUCCAAUGCAUCAGACACCAGCAAUCAAAUGGGCAAACGCCCAAACACGAGAAUUGCGUCGAAUCUGAGCCCUGAACAGCUUGCACGCAAAAGAGCCAAUGACCGCGAGUCACAGAGGCAAAUUCGGAUCCGAACCAAACAACACAUUGCUCGCUUAGAGGAAGAGGUUCACCAUUUCCGAAACACGGAUACUCACCAAGCCAUCCAACGGCUAGAACAUCGCAAUGCUUUCUUGGAGGAGCAGAUGCGGCAGAUGCUCUCCGGUGUCGACAACAGAGCUGCGAAUCAAACCCAAUACAUCUCUGGUCCGUCCUUACCAAACGACCCUGGCCAUGGUUUGUUCCAGCCUGUAACCACGGGAAGCUACUUUGGGUACAGGGAAGAGCUCGCUCCCAGGCCGGUGAGUAGUUCCGGGCUGCCUCCUUUACUCGGUAGUCAGGGUGAACUUGGCCCAGGGAAUACUCAGAAAAGCGAGCAAUUGAGCAAUCCAUCGCUCACAUACCUCAAUAUUCCUCGAGGUGACACAUGGGCACCGCCUAUGACAAGAGCCCUUUCUGCAGAUCGCUCGAGUGUGUCAUCCAUAGGGCCAACGCCUGCUUCACAUGUUACUACUUCUCGUAACAUGGAGGAUAUGCAAAGAACCCUCCGUCCUGCGGCACCUGAUGUAGCGGAUCUGCGAGCUUUUAAUAGUAUGAAUCAGGGCAUGUUGUAUUUGCAAAGAGAUCAUGGUUCUCCCUGGGCUCCAGGCAGACGGGCUGACCAUGGCUAUACCGGUCCACGGCCGACACUGCAUCAACAUCCUGUGCAAUCAAUUGAGAAGCCCUAUGAACCAGAGCCACAUCAGAAUCUGGCUGGAUCUACAUUCCACGGGUUACGAUGA